GCUCACGCGCAGACAUGGCAGAAGAAGCUCCCGCAGCUGCACCGGCGAAAGCCCCGGCCAAGGCUCCCAAGAAGAAGUCCGCUCCCCGGGCUAAGAAGGACGGACCCAGCCUCCCUAAGCUCAUCGUCGCCUCGGUGACAGAGUCGAAGGAGCGCAAGGGAACGUCGCUGGCGGCCAUAAAGAAGUACCUGACCGCCAAAAAUGUGGACGUACCCAAGGCCAACAAACGUAUCAACACCGCCGUCGCCAAGCUGGUGGAGAAAGGCAUUCUCAGUCAGGUGAAGGGCACCGGGGCUUCCGGCUCCUUCAAGCUUGCUAAGAAAGAACCGAAAGUCGCGAAACCAGCGAAGAAGAAGGCUGCCAAGCCCGCGAAGAAGGCUCCCGCCAAAGCCAAGAAGCCCGCGGUGAAGAAAGUGGCCACCCCGAAGAAAUCUCCGGCCAAGAAGGCUGCGAAGAAAGUGGUGAAGAAGAGCCCCAAGAAGGCUGCUCCCAAGAAGCCCAAGGCGGCAGCCAAGAAGCCCAAGUCCCCCGCUAAGAAGGCCGCUCCGAAAAAGCCCAAAGCCGCCAAGAAGCCCGCAAAGAAAACUGCGCCAAAGAAGGCCAAGAAGUAAAAGCUUCUCCCGCACCGAGUGCAUCAAAGGCUCUUUUCAGAGCCACCACAGCCUCCGCUACGAGCUCCUCGUUCUGUGUGUGUGUGUGUGUGUGUGUGUGUGUGUGUGUGUGUGUGUGUGUGU